AUGUUGCAUGAAGCAAGAGACCGGAAGAAGUUCGUCAGUGAUGUUCAGUAUCUGCGGGACAUGCAGCACAAGGUGGACUCCGAAUAUCAGGCCUGUUUAAGACGACAGGAAUUCCGAAGAGACCCAAAUGACAAGAAGCAAUAUCAGUAUUGGGAGCAGGAGGCAAGUUUUGAGAGAUCCCGGUUUUCAAGCACGUCAUCUUCCAAACAGAGUUCUGGUGAGGAGGAGCCUCUAAUAGAACCGAAGUCGUCCCCCAAGAUACCUACGGCUAAGUGUGACUCCAAACUGCCAGCCAUCGACCAGACGUCAGUCAAGCAGAAACACAAGAGCACCAUGACCCCACGGAGGCCAGAGAAAACAGGCCCCAGCAAACCUCCUGCAGCAGCACAGACACCAAAGAUUUUACCAAGAAAGAGGAGGCCAAACCUGGGGAGAUUGGCAGUCAGUCCAGAACUGCACAGCCCAAGAGCACCAGGGGACAGAAGCAGACAGAAGGCCCAGCUGCCAGGGAAGGCACCUGUUCUCCUGGGACCAGAUCCGGCAGCACGCCGAGAAAGCCAUGUGUGGGCGGGUGAGACAAUGCUGAGGCGGCCACCUCCAGAGAGGAGAAGCCUGGUCUCGGCCUCGCAGCUGGUGACCACAGCCGAGAACCUUCCAGAAAGAUCCAGAAGGGCAGACGGGAGCGCUGUUCCUCAGAGCACGCCGCAGCCAGCCCUAUCCCAAGCCCGCCAAGCAACCAGCAGUCCUCAGGGGCUGGGCGAGUCCCUGGGGCCCUCAUGGGUCCCCACGGCCGUGGGCGGGCCACGGAGGACCCCUUUCAGGUUCAGAGACGAGGACUUUUACUCCGCGUUAUCGCUGACCACCGCGAGAGAACAUUACGACACGGAGGAAGAAACCCACGCGGAGGAAGAGCGCCUGCUGCUAGGCAUGCGCCCACCUCGCUCUCCUGCGCAUAGCAAAAGGAGUCGGUUUUCCGGCACAUCGGCCUCUUGGGCCGGAAAUCAACACUUCGAACACGCUACAACUUGCAAAGAUAGUUCUUCAAGACCGCCUGAGCCCGGUCCAGGCUCACCAAGAGUAAGCAGUGGGAUGGAGCCAGAGACAGAGCAGCCUGCUGUUGGACAAAGGAUGUUGCGAGAUGCCCGGCUGCCCCAUGAGGAGAAUGGCAGUGCUGGCAGUGAGGGCGAGAAAAGGGCCUCCAGCUCACCAGACAACAUGUCCGACCCCAGACGCGAGGACGGCCUCCAGGUUGAAACUGGAUCCAGUGGUUCUGUUCCCACACAAGAUGAACCUGAUACCCAUGACUACGAAAGGGAUUGGCAAGGCUGUCUAGAUGGUUCUAGAACUUCUCUGGCCUGCUCUCUCUCUGGUGAACCAACAGCUCCGUGGUCAUCGCCAAGCUCAUCCUACAACACGCCCGGAUCAGCAAGGCAUCGUCUGAGAGGUGACAUUGCAGCAGGCUCGGCCGCAUCACCUCCGGCGGCUCACGGCUCGGAUCCGGAGGGAAACGCGGGGCUGACCAUUCGCCAACCACUGUCCCCCAUUAGAAACAGAAUUCCGAUGGUCGCUGCAGAAGAUCACAGCUACCUUUCAGUCAGCAAUACACGUGAACCUGGUGGCAGGGAAACGGAAGAUGUAACCCCAACCCGCGGUGCUCGGGGGGUGCCGCUGUACCCCGAAAACGCCCUCCUAAGCUCUCGGGGCAGCUUGUCCUCUCUGGAUUCUCCCGGCUCCUCUCCAUCAAGAAGGAAUUCACAAGGUCACGGGCGGAUGCCCGGGGCCCUGCCAGGAAACAUCCAUUUGACUUUGUCUGCUGUGUCUCAUUUCCUGAACCAUAACGACAAUGGACCUGGCAUGGCGGCCUCUGGUCUCACAGGAGCAAAUGAGACCCCUAAGGUACCAGUGGACCCCGAGAAAAUCAAGAAACUGCAAGAAAGUCUCCUGGAGGAGGACUCAGAGGAGGAGGGAGACUUGUGUCGCAUCUGUCAAAUGGCUGGGAGCUCCCCCACCAACCCGCUGCUGCAGCCCUGCGGCUGCGUGGGGAGCCUGCGAUUUGUUCACCAGGAGUGCCUGAAAAAGUGGCUGAAAGUGAAAAUCACGUCAGGAGCAAAUCGAGAAGCUGUGAACACCUGUGAGAUGUGUAAGCAGGACCUGCUGGUCGACCUGGCUGUCUUUAACAUGACUGAGUUCUACCAGAAGCACCAGCAAAUCCGGGCCCAAAACGAGCUGAUCAACUCAAGCCUGUACCUGGUACUGCUGCUACACUUCUAUGAGCAGAGGUUUGCAGAAAUCAUGAGACUCAAUUACAACUGGAUCACACGAGAGAGGUUGUCAAGAAAUUACCUGCAGCCCAGACAGGAAGAAGACGAAAAUUCUGAGCUGGAGGAAGAAAGCGAAGGCAGCGUCUCUCCAGGCCGCACCGUCUAGCGGGGGAGCCGGCCGUGGACUCUGCUGCGGGGACCUGUGAGCCGCCCGCGUGCCUCCCCGUGCCUGCCUCCCUCCACCUCUGUCCCCAAAACCCAAUGUAUUCAGUGACCG